UCUGUGCUUCUGUCUGCGUGCAGGCUGUAGUUGACUCUGUUGCUGCCUUGCUGUCAGGAGGAAUUGAACCAGUCACUUCCUCUCUUCCUCUGCUCCACCUUGUUGUUCUUCUUCGUGUGUCUGUGUGUGUUGUGUGUUGUGUGUUGUGUGUGUGUGUGUGUGUGUGUGUGUGUGUGUGUGUGUGUGUGUGUGUGUGUGUGUGGACUUCCUGUGGUUGCAGCAUGCUGUGAUUGAACUCUCCAUCAGACUUUGACCAGCGGCUCAGAUAACGCGGCGGUAAGCUCCUCUCUCUCUGCCCGGGUUGCGGUGUCUUCCUCCCGGCGGAGAAAUGUCAGCUGACGGCUCGGAGCAGCGGACCGGAGAGCAGAACCGAGCCGGAGCCGAACCGAGCCAGGAGGCCGGCAGCCUGCAGCCGCAGACCGUUUUCGUCAUCCUGGACUCGUCUGAAACUCUGAACCUGGUCCGGGUGGAGUCUGGGAUUGUUGCCGACAUCGAGCUCGAUGGUUUGUUGCCGUCAGAGUCCGACACUUUCUACCAGAUCAAGAGCCAGCCAAUCAGCAUCAGUCCGUCAGUGGCGGUCUCCUCCUCUUCCUCGCCUUCGUCUUCGUCCUCUGCGCUGUCGGCCAUGUCGUCCAGGGUGCUGAUGCGGCAGGAGCUGAUGCGGCAGCAGGCGCAGGAGCAGGAGCGGCGGGAGGCGCAGCAGGAGGCAAGCUCCGCCCAGCGGCUCCGCCCCUCAUCUGACCCCGCCCCCAUCAGUGUCUCCGCCUCCUGCAGAGAGCCGGCCCAGGUCCCUGUGGAGGUGCUGAAGGUGCAGACUCACCUGGAGAACCCCACCAGGUAUCACAUCCAGCAGGCUCAGCGGCAGCAGGUGCGUCAGUACCUUUCCACCACGCAGGCCGCCACCAAGCCGACCAAUCAGCCGCCAGGGGCGUCACCUGGCACCUCCCCCCAGUCUGGCUCCGCCCCCGACCCUCCACCCCCAGCGGCUGGAUCUCCCAGCAGCCCCUUAGCCGUGCUGAGCCUGGGCUCCAGAGAGGAGAUGGAGGAGACGGUGAUCAAUGACAUCAUCAGUCUGGAGUCGAGCCUCAACGACGACUUCCUGACGCUGAUCGACUCUGGCCUGCAGCUCGCCAACACGCUGCCUGUCUCAGGGAACCUGCUGGACGUGUACAGCAGCGCCGGGAUGGCCACGCCCACCAUCACCGUUAGCAACAGUUGCCCUGCCGACCUGCAGAACGUCAAGAGGGAGAUGAGCGAUGUGGAGGCCAAGGCUCUGAUCAAAGAGAGGCAGAAGAAGGACAACCACAACCUGAUUGAGAGGCGCAGGAGGUUCAACAUCAACGACCGGAUCAAGGAGCUGGGAGGACUCAUCCCCAAGUCCAGCGACCCGGAGAUGAGGUGGAACAAAGGGACCAUCCUGAAGGCGUCGGUGGAUUACAUCCGCAAGCUGCAGAAGGAGCAGCAGAGAGCGAGGGAGAUGGAGAGCCGGCAGAGGAAGCUGGAGCACACCAACAGGUCGCUGCUGCUCAGGAUCCAGGAGCUGGAGCUGCAGGCGCGCCUCCACGGCCUUUCCUCCUCCUCCACCUCCCACACCUCCUCCUCCUCCCUGGAUCCCGUCGGGGGAGGAGACAUCGUGGCGGACCCCCAGGCCCUCCUCUCCCCCCCGCCUCACCCCUUUUCCUCCUCGGUCGGCAUGACGACCAUGACCACGCACAUGGACCUGGAGACCCUGACGUUCACGGAGCUGGACGACCCCCAGGGAGCCUCCACGGUCUUCUCCCCGGGCCUGGUGGGCGACAUGGGGCUGGGCGGGCUGGACGGCCUGGGCGACAUCCUGAUGGAGGACGGAGGCGGCGGCGCGCUGUCGCCUGUAGGGGGCGCCGACCCGCUGCUGUCCUCCGGAGCCUCCAAGACCAGCAGCAGGAGAAGCAGCUUCAGCAUGGAGGAGGACCACUGAGGGCUGGCUGAUGAUGUCAUCACACAGGGGGCGUUUCAUUGGUCAGCGCCGGAGCGGAGUGACUUCAGUUUUUAAAUCAGUGGCCAUUAAAACAGAACAGCUCACACACUCACACACACCACCGUCCUGCCGCUGGCAACACUGUGUCCCGACGGUUACCGUGGCAACCACCGUGCUCUAGAAUCAGUGCUCUCCACGUUUCUACGGUAACCACUGUGUCUUAGAAUCAGUGGGUCCACGUUGCUAUGGUAACCGCUGUGCUCUAGAAUCCUUGCUCGCCAUGUUGCUAUGGUAACCACCGUGUUCUGGAAUCACUGGUUCCACACUGCCAUGGUAACUGCUGUGUUCUAGAAUCAGUGGUUCCAGGUUGCCAUGGUAACCAUUGUGGUGUGUCCGUCGACUGAAACGUGUCAGUCGGCGCCUCCAGAUUACUUCCUGAAACCCAGAACAACCGACUGAGCAAACCAGAAGCUGAUUGGCUGUAAAUGAGCAGCUGACGUCCCGUCUGCAGCGUCCUGCUCGGUGCUGUGCCGGACCGGAGAACCGGACCGGAGAACCGGACACUGGAGCUCCACCUGGACCACCUGAGGAGAACCAGAGCUGUAAUUUACUGGAACCUUCCAAAGCAAACAGCCGGCGUCACUGUGAUCCAGUUCAGAGGAACCAGAGGAACCAGGGGAACCACGGGAACCAGGGGAACCAGAGGAACCAGGGGAACCAGGGGAACCAGGGGAACCAGGGGAACCAGAGGAACCAGGGGAACCAGGGGAACCAGGGGAACCAGGGGAACCAGAGGAACCAGGGGAACCAGGGGAACCAGGGGAACCAGAGGAACCAGGGGUUUGCUCUGUCAUGUUCUCCCAUGUUCUGUUCUGUUCUCCCAGCAUGCACUCCUCCAUGUCUGAUACAGUCAGUCUUAAUGCUGCAUUCAAGUGCGCUGCGUCCGCUCCGACUUCUGAAGUUUGAAAGUGAUAAAAACGACUCGUCUCGUGUUCCAACGCCUCUGAAACGACCGAGCGCAGCCAGAAGAGUCACCAGAGGAGGAGCAGCAGCGGGACGGUCCCGUGUUCAGACAGACCUGUAACCUGUCUGUGUUUCAGCCACAUGAGAAACUGAACGCACAUAUUUUUAUGUCACUGUUUAUUUUGUAGUUUAUU